CUCAAUGAUGCGAUGAGUGAGCCAAACUAACUCGCCACGCAAUGAUGAGAGGCAUUGCCAGAGAAACAAGCAAUGAGUCAACUGAUGAUGAGACGAGGAGGCACAUAUCCAUCAUCAGUCUUGAUCCACUUGCUCCAUCUCUUGGCUUUGUUGACCCAUCCUUCCAUCUCUCUCGCAGACGCCAUGUCACGCCACGGCACGAUCGGCACAUCAGGAAUGUCGUCGUUCUCGUACUCGUCGUGAGGCAGCAUAUGUGUGGUGGUCGUCUGGCGGCAUGUCAGGAUGUGUCGAUGCAGCGGGCUGACGGAGGCCAGCACGUGCGUCUCCAAGCUGAUGGUCGAACAGCUGGUGGCUGAGCUCGCCCGUGAAGUCUCCAUGACGGCCGCCGCCUCUCGUCGUGUGCAUCUCCUCAAUCAGAUGAGUGAAGUGGUUGAGCGCCUCAUGCGAGUUCAUGAGCGCCCUCAGCAAGCCGUACGGCGGAAUGCGAGGGUCAUUCUUGCAGAGGGUGAAAAAGAAGGGCGCAUGGCACUCCAGCUGGUGAAGUGAGAGAGUGUACCGCCUCUGCCACUUAGCCAGAUAGGGACAAGGCCGUAUGGCGAGUGGAGGCUGAAGGCCGGAUGGGUGCGCCCCGAGUAGGUGAUGGCCUACCGACAUGCAGACAAACACAGGCAUGGCUCCCCGUGCGCCUCUGCAUAGGUCUAUCACUCACAUGAUGGUUGCGACGCAUCCUCAUGAGCUCGUGUCCAUCGGCAGAGAUCACAAAAACACCCACGACAUCUGUGUAAGAGCAUCAUCUGUGUAAGAGCACCAGCCACCCACAUGUGAUACCAAUGAUGUGUAUCAUUCAUAUGAGUCUGCCUACCAGGCGUCGUCCAGUGUGGAAGGGCAUAUACGUGUGUGAGCACCUCGCUCUUGUGGUUGAUGAGAUACUCAACCCAGUCAGCCGCGUCGAGAUGCAGGUCGCCGAAGUGCUGGGUGGACUCGCGCUUUCUCCGCCACAGCUUCAGGUGCGGCCGUGGGUGCUCGGCUGGCUCGAAUGUGUCGUCCUCUGGGUCGAUCGGGCACGUCACCAGUGGCGGCAUAUACUCGCGCUUGGCUGCAGCGAUGCUCUCCUUGCCAGGUAUGAUGUUUGGCUUCCGUCAGUCACGGAACCAUCUGCCGGUGUUGGGGUUGAGUGUGUUGCAGACGACGUUGCGCUGGAAACUCAUCUUGGACCAGCUGGCGUGCAUUCGACGCUGAAUUGCCCGCCAGACAGACGAGGACGCUCUUGAGGAUUCUGGUCCUCAGCGACA